AAUCAACACCGACGAACGAAUCCGUCCAGCACACGUUCCAGAGAUCGGACUCAUUGACCAACCGAUAGCCAAGUCGCUUGCAAACGCGCGUGAUGAUGUCGUAGCGGCAGUUAACAGAAACGCAGCGUCUUAACGUAUUUGCAAACCGAAAUGUGCUGCGAGAGAAGAUAAGAAUCAUCAGGGCCUAAACACAUCCGUGUCGCUUGCUGAUCAGACAACGUACGUCGGUGUGCGAAGGUGGAGGUUUCAAAAGGUCCCGCAUCAAUCCGAGAACGCUCCCAAUAUGGAAUCCGCAGAAAGUCUUUUGGCGGUCGGCAGGAAUGCGUCUGUUCCGGUGGACAAAAUAACCCAAAAUGAGGCAAAACUGCUGGCGAUCGUAGUCCUUGGAUUUGGUAGCUUUUUGUGCGGUUUGUUGCCGAUCUACAUUUCCCAGCGAAACCGCGAACGUUACCCGGGCACACUGUCGUUUCUGUUGUGUUUUGGGGCGGGCGUUCUGCUGGCUACGGCCAUCGUUCAUAUGCUGCCGGAAAUACGUGGUGCGCUGGGGGAGUUUGCCGAGAUUGUGUUCUGUGGCGGGUUUUUCUUCAUGUACGCCAUUGAUGAGCUGAUGGUGUUCUGUGGAAUCGGUGCACAUGAUCACGGUGAAGGGGAGGGAGCAUCCGAACAGGGGCAACGGGCCUGUAGUGUGGGUGAAGAUUCCGAUGCGGCAAGCACUUCCAGCCGCAGAGAGCGCCGGUACGGUGCAAACGAAGAAACCAAAUCUCUCCUUGGACAGCAAGAAAAUGAUCCGGAAAACAUGCUUACCCACCGAUCGUUGGAUAGUGCGGUUGGUUUUGUCGGUAAUCUAUCGCGCCGAUCAUCCAUCAGCGGUCAACCAGUGCAGAGACAAUCCACGAAUGCGGCCGAAAUGCAGCUUACCGGUGUGUUUGGGCUAUUGCUAGCCCUCUGUAUGCACUCGCUGCUCGAAGGGUUAGCAAUCGGGGUACAAAACUCAGGCCCCAAAGUGCUGCUGCUGCUCGGUGCGGUCAGUGCGCACAAGUUCGUGGUGGGUUUCGCCCUUGGCGUGGAACUGUGCACUUACAAUGCGCGACAACGCUGCUCCCACGUGCUGCAGGUGUUGACGUUUUCCCUCGGCUCGGUGGCCGGUAUCGGUGUUGGCAUGGGGUUAGAUGGGCUGAACGAAACGCUUACCAACCUGAUCAUGCCUAUUCUGCAGGGGCUGGCCGGUGGUACACUUCUGUACGUGACCGUAAGUGAAGUUCUACCCCGGGAACGGGCGAAGCGUUUUCGGCACGCGAGAGGUAUCGGACCGAUACAGUUCAUUGCUGUCGCAUUAGGAUUUACGCUCAUGUCCGUGCUAAGCUUAGUGCUAACUGAUGAGUAACGGAAGAAUCAGAAAGUGAGAGUGUUGGAUGUGAUAUGUCUUGCAUCGUAGUUCCUAGGUGUAGCAAAUGGAUUUUUUUGAAACAUUUGUAAAAAGAAGCAGCUCAGAAUACGUAUGAUCACCAAAUGUGCCAAACAUACUUUAAUAGUUUUUAAACGUUUUACAAAAGAGAAGAAGGAUAAGAUUCAUAAUUUUACGCUGUAGUGUAGCUCGAACGUAGUUUUAUAAUGUGGAACAGUUUUAAUAAUCUAUGAAUA